GUUGCGCGGCCCGGGCCGGAAGUCGGCGAGUUCCCGGGUGUGUGUCUGUGUCUGUCUGUGUCUCGAAGCGGCGCGCGGCCCGGGACAAACGCUGGGGAAUCCCGUCUGAGGCGUCACCACUGUUACUGCCAUCACCCACGGAUCCACUUCUAGAGGGGAGUAGACCCGGCCUUUCGCCGGGCAGAGAAGAUGUUGCCCCUGUCCAUCAAGGACGAUGAAUACAAACCACCCAAGUUCAAUCUGUUCGGCAAGAUUUCGGGCUGGUUUAGGUCUAUCCUGUCGGACAAGACGUCCCGGAACCUGUUUUUCUUCCUGUGCCUGAACCUCUCUUUCGCUUUUGUUGAACUACUCUACGGCAUCUGGAGCAACUGCUUAGGCUUGAUUUCCGACUCUUUUCACAUGUUUUUCGAUAGCACUGCCAUUUUGGCUGGAUUGGCAGCAUCUGUUAUUUCAAAAUGGAGAGAUAAUGAUGCUUUCUCUUAUGGGUAUGUUAGAGCGGAAGUUCUGGCUGGCUUUGUCAAUGGCCUAUUUUUGAUCUUCACUGCUUUUUUUAUUUUCUCAGAAGGAGUUGAGAGAGCAUUAGCCCCUCCCGAUGUACACCAUGAGAGACUGCUUCUUGUUUCAGUUCUUGGGUUUGUGGUAAACCUAGUAGGAAUAUUUGUUUUCAAGCAUGGAGGUCAUGGACAUUCUCAUGGCUCUGGCCAUGGACACAGUCAUUCCCUUUUUAAUGGUGUUCUGGAUCAGGCACAUGGCCAUGGGGAUCAUUGCCAUAGUCACGAAUUGAAACACGGUGCUGCACAUAGUCAUGAUUAUGCUCAUGGGCACGGGCACUUUCAUUCUCAUGAUGGUCCCUCCUUAAAAGAAACAGCAGGACCCAGCAGACAGAUUUUACAAGGUGUAUUUUUACACAUUCUGGCAGAUACACUUGGGAGUAUUGGUGUAAUUGCCUCUGCCAUCAUGAUGCAAAAUUUUGGUCUAAUGAUAGCAGAUCCGAUUUGUUCAAUCCUGAUAGCCAUGCUUAUAGUUGUAAGUGUUAUUCCUCUUUUAAGAGAGUCUGUUGGAAUAUUAAUGCAGAGAACUCCUCCAGUGUUGGAAAAUACUCUGCCUCAGUGCUAUCAGAGGGUGCAGCAGUUGCAAGGAGUUUACAGUUUACAAGAACAGCAUUUCUGGACCUUAUGUUCUGAUGUUUAUGUUGGGACCUUGAAAUUAGUAGUAGCCCCUGAUGCUGAUGCCAGGUGGAUUUUAAGCCAAACACAUAAUAUUUUUACUCAGGCUGGAGUGAGACAGCUUUAUGUACAGAUUGAUUUUGCGGCCAUGUAACAAAUGAAAGAAAUUAUCCUUCUUGGGGGACCUAAUAUUUCCGAUGAGAACAUUGAAGCCCAGAAAUGCUGUCAUUUACUCAAGGUCACAGAGAUAAUUAGUGGCAAAGCCAAGACUAGAAUCCAGGUCUUCUGACUCCAAGUCAAGUUCUUUCUAUUCUACUGUGCUGCCUCUCCAGUGUAAUAUUUGCCUUUCUGUAAAUGUGAUGAAAAAGCAUUUGUAAAUAAAGGAAAGCUGACCUCCAUUUUUGGUACAUUAAGGCACUUUAUAAUGGAGUUUUAUUGUCUUAUUUUUCAUAAAUAUGAGGUUCAGAAUAUUAUUUCCAUACUUCCAUUAUGAGGUUUAGAAUAUUCUUUAUGGAAAAUAAUAAUUUUUGUACUCUUUUACUUUUUUACUCUUAUGAAACCAGUUCCUGAUUUUUAAAAUAUGAUGACAUCUGUACUUUGGAUACUUUUAACUUGUGAGUGAAUUUUUCUGUUAAUUGCCAAAGGCUAAAUCCAGUUUAAGGAUUGCUUAGUUUCUUUAUUUUGUUUAUAGUCUGUGAGUGGGUACUUUCUAGAAACCAGGCUAAUUCUCACAGGUCAUAUCAUAUCAUUUCGGUCUUGAUACUUCAGUUUUCACUUACUGGGGAGGUUUUUGGAUUUUUAACAUUUAUCCUCAGAACCACACAAAAUCGGGCAUUAAAUGAAAUAGAGAACAAAACAAGUCUUUUAAUUCAAUAGGGUGAAAUUUUGAAGUCUUACCAGAACCCCAAAUGUUAAAUUGCUUACUCUCAACGUAAAAGCAUUACCUUGAUAAAAUUGAACUUUUUUCUUUCUGUUACCAUCUUCAAAACAAGAAAUCAUUUUCCAGUUCACAAGAACUUUGGCAAAAAAAAAAAAAAAGAGAGAAAUUUUAUUUUUUGAGAACAGUCAUUAAAAGUUUUAUUAAUAGAAGAAGAUUGUCUCAAGACAUGACCCACCAGCAGCCUUAGCGAUCCAGAUCUCUACCAUGGAGAUAGACUGACUUACAGUGAAAAAUUAUGUAUCAAGAAAGGUAUCUGCUGAGAAGUAUCAUUAUAUCUAAAGGCCAAAUGGAUGUGAGUCUUUUUGAUGAGGGCAUCUUUGGUUUGUAUUUAACCAUUUCCCAACUACAAAUUAUAUGGAAAGGGUGGGAUUCAACCUUUAUUAAGUAUUUCUGUGUCUUUGUAUGGCCUUUUCCGUGUUGUCACGUUUGAAAGCCUCACAUUUCAAUAAAGAAAGAAAUUUUGCAUGCUUUUAUGAUGGACGGAGCAUUUUCAAAUUCCCUCCCUGGGGAAGGAAUUCGUAACCAUCACCGCAUUUUACAGAUGAGGAAGCUGUUGUGGGAGAACUUAAAUGACUUGCCUGAGGGAUAGCCAGUGGUAACGCACUGACUUUAAAUCCAGAGCUUUUUUUGAUGACGGCUCCGUUUUAUGUAUAUCAUUCUACAGUGGUAAAAAGAUACAAGAGGUUGUAGCAGAUUUGAACAGACUCUCCAAUAAAAUAAAUGAACAAUUACCGUGACAAAACUGAUUAUGGGGUAGCAGUUGUUACAUAUACAUUGCUUAAACUCAUUCCUUCGUUCAGUGCUCUCAUGCUUAUUUCCUACCUUUGCCAUUGAAUUUAAACUGUGCAGACUAAAAAGAAUAAUCAGAACUCCUUUAAGAAUUUUUAAAACCUUUACAAAAGAAAGUUUUACUGAUGCUCAAAGUUGCUUAAAAAAGGGACUGACUCAGAAGAGAGUCCUUGCCAGUCUAGAUGUUAAGUAAAGAGAAACUGAAUCUAUCCUGGCCAAGAGAGGUUAACAUAAUUGUUGAGGGAAUUAUCUUCCAAGAAUAAUUUGUGCUGCUUGAGAGGGAUCUGAGGAUGUACAACAUUACAUUUUAUAGACACCUUUCUGAGGAAGAAAUCUAUUUUAUAAUUAGUAGCAGUCUAUGCUUAGUAAUAGUAUUGAAUUUUGAACUCUUCCCAUGGCUUUGAAAAUUUAGUACUUGGCAAUUCUGAUGAUGUUGGAAAGUCUGUAGAAAAGAAUGCCUUGUCUCAUCAUCUAUCUCAUUAUCCCCAAACUUAGUAUGAACUUCCACUUACAUGCUCAGUAAAUGAUUAACUAGUGAGUAAAUAUUGUAGGUAGUAGUGGAUACAAAACUAAUGGUUGGGGACAGAUAGAACCAGUGAUUUAUUAUUACAGAAGACACCUCAGCUUUUCUUUGGCAUUUUUGCACAAAUAAGUGACUUUGUAUCAACUUUGGCCAUUAUUUUUCAAGGAGCCCUGUGAGCUGCUUCGCUAUUUUAAUUCAGGCACAGUAGACAUAAAGAGAUGUUAUCCAUGUUUUUGGAUAGAAAUUUGGCAGAACUGAGACUGGAAGCUGGGUCACUUGAAUUUUUACGUUAUGUAUUGCCAAAUGAGAAACCACAUUGCCUCCUUGGUUUCUAUGGAAAAUUGCCAUAUUGAUAUUACUUUAAGGAUCUGUGUAUGACAUGCCUUGUUUCAUUUAUCUCCAGAUAUAUUAUUAUCCAAAACUCUUUCAGGGGUAUAACCUGAAGGUGCUUCUAAAAAAAAAAAAAAAAAAAAAAAAAAAAAAAAAAAAACACUACAUAUAUUCAUUUAGUGAUUUAAAUAUUCCUAGAACAGUUUUUUUUCUCUUUUUUCCCUUCUAAAUACCAAAUUUUAGUAGAGCUUCUCUAUAUUUCUUAUUUUUCAUCUUUUAAUUGCUGCUGCCAUGGUAAAAUUUCCCCUUUUUACUAGUGAAAAAGAAAAAAAAGCUUUAUUUUUAAUUUUAAUAUUGGAAUUUUGUUUAGGUACCACAUAUCAUGUAUCAAUUAGCCUCAGUGAAGAUUCUGUUUUGACUAGAUGUAUCCUGUCAGGAGUUUCCCAAAUAAUCACAUUGCUUCCUCUAAUAGCAAAAAUUCUGUGAUAUUUCUUCCCAAGUGAUAUUUUGCCCCAACACUUGUGAGUUUGAUCAAUAAACAGAAUCGAUCUUUAAUAUCGGAAAUACUGUGAAUUAAAAAUUGCCAAAUCCCUUCUCGAUAUAUUCCAAACAUGCCUACAACACUUUACCUCCCUGUCUUUAAUGGUUUCUAAUCACAUGACCAAGUUUGACUUUGGAUUUGAUUCCUAUAUGAAGAUUUUGGCACCAAGACAUUUCUAAACAAACAUUUGAAUACAAGGCUAGAUUGGAAUGUCAAAUUUCAAGGACUGUGUUGUAAUUUGGUUUGGAUGUGCUAAAGUGAGCAAUUAUGAUUUGCCUAAAUAUACAAUGAAUCCAUCAUGUAUAUUUCAUUUUUUUUCUACUUGAAGAUAUUCAUGUAUAUAUUUUAACUUCAGGUGUAUUUAAAAAGAAUAAAUAAUUGUAUCAAAAUUCUUCCAAUAAAAUUUGUUUCAAAAUCUUCA